CCAAAUAACACAUCAGUAUUUGGAAAUUCAUGUGACAUGAUGUUUAAUUUGGGAAAUUUUAAAGAAGAAGUUAUUACUGGCCUAUUUUCACUUGGUGCAUAUUUGCAAACACACAAACUUUCGAGACUCAGKCUCUACUUAAUUUYAAAAAAAGUACCUGCAUCUGAAAAGAAUACAACACUUGUAGACUCUGAUGAUAAUAAAGAUCUGCCUUCAGCAAGUCUACUCUUAGGCACUACACAAGAGCGCAACACUUUAAGAUCUGUUCAGGAUAGAGAAUAUCUUGAAUCGCUUYGUGCAGAUCAAGAGAAAGAAAAACAAAAGGAAACAGAAAAGAGGGAAGAAGUUUAUGAAAGAGAUAGAGAUCAGAGACUUGAAAGUCUGAGGCUGGCUAGACAAAACAGAAUCCCAUCAGAGCCUUCAACCACAGAGAUGCAUGUUACAGUACAAGUGCGCCACUAUGAAAAAGGAGUAAUUAGACGAAGAUUCCAUGAUAGUAAUAGUAUGAUGGCAGUWUAUGACUGGGUGGGGUCAUUAAGCAAACUUCCGGAACAUUUUCAUUUAUCUGUUGAGCCAAGUUGUGCUUUAACACCUGAUGAGCCUGUAGCAGUCGUAGAGGGGAAAAUGGUACAUAUGACAGUCACUGAAGAUCCUAUACCAAUGGCAAAAGAGUYGAAUGAACAAGAGAUCUCCUUCAUUGGAUAUGGUCCUGAUCGAAGUGAUCAGCUUCCUGAUGAUACAAUGCUUGAUAACAACAAAAAUGAGAUGGCAGGCUUUGACAUUGAACAUGUGAAUGAAGAUGUUCCUAACCAACUCUUGGCUGAUGAUGAAAG